UUGACUCGUCCCACACGCUUUAUUAUACGCCCUUAUCUCCUCCAUCCGCCGACCGCCGACCCCCUCCGCCCUGCCCCCUCCCUCUUAUUCGACGUCCUUUCAUCACAACCACAACAAUACCCCCCUCUAGCGUCAGUAUGGCGCCCAGAGACGAAGAAUCCGCCGUCGAAUACAACGCUGGUGGCUAUCUCCAGGUCCACCUUCAAGAUACCUUUAAAAAUGGUCGCUAUACCGUAGUAAGAAAACUAGGUUGGGGCCAUUUCUCGACCGUAUGGCUCGUCAGAGAUGAAGAUAAACAUCGCCACUCCGCACUCAAGGUCGUCAAGUCUGCAGGCCGCUACACAGAAACAGCGCGCGACGAGAUUAAACUCCUCCAACAGAUAUCAGACACAUCCCCCUCACACCCCGGCCGCGCCCAUAUCGUCUCCUUCCUCGACUCUUUCGCGCACUCAUCUCCUCUCCACACCCACAUCUGCAUCAUCUUCGAACCGCUCGGCGAGAAUCUCCUCUCGCUCAUCGAGAAGAACAGACGAAAGGGCGUCCCACGAUGUCUUGUCAGGUCUAUCACACGUCAGGUCUUACUCGGCUUGCAGUAUCUCCACGAGGAAUGUGAUCUCGUACACACCGAUAUAAAGCCCGAAAACAUAAUGAUGUCAAUCCCGAACGUCGAAUCCCACAUCCGCACCGAACUCUCCUCCUCACCCCGCCCAAUCGCCCACAAACUGCCCAUCCCACCCAACCCCCGCACACGCACCUCCAAAUCCUCCGCCGCCGCCCCCUCCGCCUCCCGCGCCCGACACCGCUCCGUGCACAUCACCGAAUCCCAACCGCUCGCGAGUCCCUCCUCGCACGCGUUCCUCUCCGCACAUAUGAACGUGCUCUCGAGCACGACGGGGACGAGCUCGACGACGACGAGCAGCAGUUUUGCGGAUUCGUUGGACGAGGAUAUGGCUGGGAAUUCGGUCGAUAUGAUGAUCAUGGGUGAAAGCUCGAAGACGACGACGCCGGCGACGAGUCUUGGGAGUGGGAUGUCGAAAUUGAGGAUCAGUUCUUCAGACCAGCAGCAGUCUCCCACUCCUGCAGCCGCUCCUCUCGCCUCGGACCAGCGCUCCGGUGCGCAUGAAGUAGCGCCGAGUAGGGAUCGUUCGCCGGUGGAGGGGCUGCAGGUCCAUGUCGAGGCCAGGUCGGCGUCGAGGACUACGAAUAGCGGGAGUGAGAAGGAUCCACUUUCGCCGACGAUCAGUCCACCGCAUUCGGUCACGGUGCCAGCGGCACCUUCGGGUCCUUCGUUGCUCACGCAGACAGCGCCCCCGAAGGGCACAGCGGACGUUAUCAACGGGAAGACUUCGCCCGCGAGCUCUUCGACGUCCACACUUACUGGCGAUUCGUCGAUUUCGAGCGGAUCGUCAGACGAGUUGAGGAGAGGAGAGAUGUUCCAUCCGAUUUGCAUCAAGAUCGCCGACCUGGGCAACGCCACGCCUUCUCGGAAACAUUACACCGAAGAGAUACAGACGAGACAGUAUCGGUCCCCCGAAGCGAUCGUAGGCCGAAGCGACUGGGGCUGCGAAGUCGACGUAUGGUCGCUCGCGUGUGUCGUCUUCGAGCUCCUCACGGCCGAAUAUCUCUUCGAGCCGCAAUCCCAAGGUGCUCUGUUCUCGAAGGACGACGAUCACUUGGCGCAGAUCAUCGAGCUGCUUGGCCCCAUACCGCCGCAUGUGAAGAACGGGGGCCGGUAUUCAAGAGAGCUGUUCGAUCAUUAUACGGGGGAUUUGAGGUAUAUUAAGCAUUUGAAGCCGUGGCCGCUGAGGAGGGUGAUGGUGGAGAAGUAUUUGUUUGAGGAGAAGGAGGCGGAGGGGCUAUGUAAGUUCUUGGAGAAGAUGUUGUGUCUUGAUCCGAAGAAGAGGGCGAGCGCGGCAGAGAUGGUGGGACAUGAGUGGUUGGAGGUGGAUUGGGAGAGAGAGGGAGAGGAGGUUGCGAGGGUGGUUUGGUGAGUGUGAGGUAUUAGUGAGGGAGUUGACGGUGUGGACGGUGUGAGGUGGCGUCUACCUUUUUGGUAUUUAUUCGCUUUUUUAUGGGUUUGAGUUUUACUUUAGACUUUUUCUUCCUCUUCUUCUCCUCUUUCUCUCUUCCUUCCAUGCAUUCACUUCUACUCUCAUCUUUUCGUAAUCCGGCAACAUCGUCUGCCAUCGGACGCUUACCUUUGCAACCUUUACCCCUUUCUUCCGCCUCAUUGUCGCUUGUGGUCUGCAUCACACCCAUAGAUACAUAGACAGUUCCGCUCGUCCGUUCUGUUCUGCCUCUUGCCUCUUGCCUCUGCCUUUGCGUUGCAUCAUGCUGAUACCUGUGCUGUGUAUGCCCCAUUCUCACUCCUAAUUACCCCAUCCCCCCUUUUUUUUUCUCUCUCUCUUUCACCCUUUUCAGCUUUGGUCAGUUCACUUCCAUGUCAGCGUUGUAUUUCUCCCCCCCCUCUUGUCUUUGUGCCAUCACUUUUUUUUUAUUCGAUCGAGGUCUAGUUGCGGUUUUAUGUUUUCUUUUUUGAGUGUCGGUGUCGUGCGCACUUUACUUCGCUAUUACUUACUCUUACUCCCCUUACUUCCCUUACGCUUACACCGUCGCCUUCCGCCUCCCACUCCCGUCCAAACCGUUCGAUUCUCUCGCCUCCGCAUCCGCCUCCGCACCUCUCAUCCCGUCUACUUCAAGCCCCCACUCGGUUCACUAGCCACGCAUCGGUGAACUACACCCCUCCACCUGCUCGCCUACUCGCCUUCGGGCUUCACUUCCGACGACGCACAGGAUUGGCUCCCGCCCUCUCCACCCUCUCCCUCUCCCCUCGUUCGCCCCCCCCCCUUCCACCCCCCCCACCCCCCCCGGCCGCAGUGCUACCCCCCUUCGCUAAUUCCGAACUCAGCAGACCCGUGCGAGAAGAAAUACCUUUAGCUUAUCAUUUUGCUGUUUGCUGUUUGAUUUUCUUCGCCUAUUCCUUAUUCAUAGGUUCAACCUCUUGUUUCGUUUCCUGUCUGUUUUUUUGUCUUCUUGAUCGUCUUUCUUAUCUUGGCCCAGUUUUCAGUUUCCAGUUUUCAGUUUCGGGUCCGUCCGCUCUGUAGCUAUGUAGCUCUAUCCUCAUCCUCAUCCACUCUCACUCCACUCUCUUCGUCCGUGCAUCCAUUCCUCGCUUUCUCUCUCUCUCUCUUCUUCCGCAUAUCCUCUCCUCUCUUCCUCACGCUUCUGCACCCCCAAGUUCCAACUCGUCUCCGCACUCUACGUUUCCGCAUGUCUCAUGGCUCAUGUCUCACGUCUCAAGUUCCAAGAUCUCACGUCUCACCUCUUGAAUUCUCUUUCCACGUCUCUCGUCCGCACGCCCACGUCCCCCACUCGAUGCUCACUCACAUCUACAUUUACGUUUUGGUUCGUAUGGUACAUUAAAAUAGGUAGACAAACCACUGUAGUAGCCUCUAGCCCGUACUUGGUUUCCUUUUUCUGCCCAGCUCUGCCAUCUCGCCCCGUCCGACGUUGUUGUUCAGGCUCCAUGGUUGAUGGUUGAAAGCUUUUGGUUCAAGCGUGUUGGUUAUACAUAGUAACGACUCGGACGGUAACAACGCGCGGAGGUAUAAGUGGUACGAUACGGUAUACGUGUAUAUAAAAGGUACUCUACGAUCCUCC